AUGUUCGCCAAGCCAUCUGCAGAAGGCAGCACAGCACUUACUUUGGGAAUCUUUCUAAAACUUCGCCCUCUCCCUCUUCUUCCGAACAACUCUCACAACACAUCUGCGGUAUGCGCGACAAUAUGGCUCGUAAAUCCUGCAGACACUGUGAAAUCCAGCGACGAUCUGGCCACGCCUUUUGCACAAAAUGCGGGAAGCCAACAGGGCACUCACACUCCCGCAACACUGCACGACAGUCCCGACAUGGACAAGAACUCCGCAACACUGCACGACAGUCCCGACAUGGACAAGAACUCCGCAGCCGCAAUACAAGCGAACACAGUCGGUCUCACACUUCACGCAGAUCUGCACCUCGGGCAGACCAUCACGUGUAUGACGAAUACACCUCUUCUGCGUAUAGUGAUAGUCAGGAAUCCGACACAGCGUCUACAGGGUCAGAGUCCCCGCGUCCAUCUUUCCGCAGUGGCCGUGGGACUAGAGACUCCCGGCACAGCAGCACACGGCACCGAUCGAGGCGGAUUCGACGCUCCCCCACACCUCCGUCAAGACAGAACAGAGUCUCAAGACGUGAAGCUCGAGUCAACGAGUUUGAAGCGGACGAUCUGUACGGUGCAUCCGACGACGAAUAUCAGCGACAGCUUAGGGCACCACGACAACGCAGUGACGUCCCUCGUGAACCACCACGAAGCCAUGGACGCCAUGGAAGCUAGAUUGGACUCGCGAUUGGACUCGCGAUUGGACUCGCGAUUGGACUCGCGAUUGGACUCUCUUUUCUCUCAACUUGCACACAAGACCAGUCAGAACGAAGCAGGUGGCACUGCAGCACAGCCACAAAGCCGGCCACCACCAGCGCCCGUCAGCUCUCAACCAUCUAGAUCAUAUGCCUUCAGAACACCCGUCGAGACUUCUACUGUUACUGAAAGCAGUUUCCCUUCGAUACCAGAGCUUGACGACAUACCUAUCAAGCUCGAGCCCAGAGGGGCCAUACGUGAAAAGGUAUUUGUGGGUGCUGUUUGCCACCACUGUGGUGGCCCGCACCCAUCAUGCUACCACAACAAAGGCUACUACGAAGGCUUCAAGCCAUGCGGCACCGGGAGUCUGAAUGUACAAUGCAAAAACUGCAAUCACCAGGGCCAUGAAUCACACGAGUGUAGAAAGGGAGAAUGGCGUGAUUUUCCUGACAAUCCACCACUACAGUCCGAGCACAGCAAGCACGAUCGCCCAUGGCCUCGUGACUAUGAUUGGGUACCCUUGCCAAGAUACUACUACAGACCGAACCUGUACCCAAAAUCAGAUCCGACGCACCCAGACCUUCCUGAAGCCAUCGCGAAGCUUGGUGGGCUCAAAAAGGGGUUUGGUAAGACUCAAUGGGGAAUCAUGCACUCCCUUCGAGUUUUAGAUGCUGAACGUCGCGGUGUGCCAACACCCAAACCGAGUAGAAAUGGGUACCGACCAUGGUUUCCAUUUACGCGUCCUCAGGCACCAUCUGCUGAUCCAGUGCCGGAUUCAAAGUCGGAAAAGAAGACUUCGACCGCAGCCAGUUUCAUGGAGCGUAAAGAUGAAGAUUUUCAGCUCCCACCGAGAGCAGAUCUCAAUCUUCGUUAUGCACGCAAGCAUGGCCAAAUGUUCUCCGCAGGUUUUGAGGAGGCAGUGCGACCUUCAACUUCUGGAAAUGCCGAGAAUGGUGUGACUGUCACCGCUACACAGGAUAGGCGGCAUCCCCAGUUGGUCCCUCGAACAGACGAGGAGGCAAAUCAUCACAUGAAAGAUCUUGCGGACUGGGUCUUUAGUGAACUGGUGUUGAAUGAUGGUAUGAUCUACCUGUACCAUGAUUUCAUCAAAAAGUUACUGGAACAUGUCAACGAGAAAGCAUCAUCACAGUUUGCAAACAUGAUUCGGAAUAAUCCAUCUGACUUGAAGGAUGACGAGUUGAUCAAAGGCCGUGAAAAGCUUCUUCACAAGUUUAUGGUUGGAUUGAGAUGUCUCCUCGAUGGGUGGACGAAUGCAGUCACCCAGCUCAUCGACAUUAUCAAAGUCUGUGUCGAUUCCAGCCAGAUGUUCCCUCUCAAAGGGUUGGAUGACUUCAAAAGUUUACAAUUGGAGCUUCAAGAAGCCUUUGACGUUUUCGAGGAGCGCAUAGCAUUUGAUAUUGCAAGAUGCUUCAAUGUCGAAGGUAUUUCAGCAACAUUUAUCUGUUGGUUGGAAGAAACCUAUGGACAGGAACUGGCCGAUGGCCUUCAAGGAGCCCUCUUACCGGGAGAAUGCAGCCCACGCACGCAGCUACCGCGCUUUUCAUGGCCCCAAUACUUCAUCACACUAUGCAGGAAGGCUUUCAGAGAGAAGCUUCCACAUCAACAUGACUCCAAGGACGAGUCCUGA